GAGCAAUUUCAAAUUCUCUCCUGCACGAACUUCUUCAGGAACAUGAAUUCUUGGGUAUUUCUUAGUGUUUUUGCGCUCUUUGUAGCGGCAGUUUGUGCCACGAAGGACCCCCUUGUAACGAAGAAAGUCUUCUUUGAURUUACUAUCGGAAAGGAAAAAGCUGGACGUAUUGAGAUCGGAUUAUUUGGAAAAGUCGUUCCCAAAACUGCUAAGAAUUUUUACGAGCUAGCAACAGGCGAGAAAGGAUUUGGCUACAAAGGAAGUAAAUUCCACAGAGUUAUUCAAGAUUUCAUGAUCCAAGGUGGUGACUUCACCAAUGGAGAUGGAACUGGAGGUAAAAGUGUCUAUGGUGACAGAUUUCCAGAUGAGAACUUUAAGCUCAGCCAUUAUGGUGCUGGAUGGCUGAGUAUGGCUAAUGCUGGAMARGACACUAAUGGAUCACAGUUCUUYAUCACCACAGUGAAGACUCCAUGGCUUGAUGGAAGACAUGUUGUUUUUGGAAAAGUUCUUUCUGGAAUGGAUGUUGUGCGUAAGAUCGAGAAAACCCAAACUGGUGCUAACGAUAAACCAACCAAAGAUGUUACCAUUGCUGAUUGUGGUUCUCUUCCUGUAGAAAAACCAUUUUCAGUAGAGAAGAAAGCAGCCAUGUAAUAGGCAUUUUUCAAUUACAAAUUUUUGAUAACAUUUUUUGUUUGUAACAGGAAGAAUGAUUUCAAUAAAAAAGAUAGAAAUUASUUUCAA